AUGGGUCUUGAAAAGCAGGAAGAUAUGGGUGCCGUGGAGCUCGGUACUGUUGAGAGUGUUGCGGGUGCGGGGCAUUUUAACAGUAAUGAUCAGGAUCAGGAUGAUUUGGUACGACUGGGGAAAAAGCCAGUACUAAAGAGAAACUUUGGCUUCAUGUCAAUACUCGGAUUUAGCUGCACGGUUCUCAUCACUUGGGAAGGAAGCUUAAUUUUAUUUCUGAGCGGGCUUCAGAACGGUGGUCCGGCCGGUCUCAUAUAUGGCUUUCUCUUCAUCUGGAUCGGUAACCUGUCGGUAUUCUCCACUCUCUCCGAACUCGUAUCCAUGGCUCCAACGUCCGGCGGCCAGUAUCAUUGGGUCUCUAUGCUUGCCCCUCCAUCCGUUUCGAAAUUUCUGAGUUAUAUAACGGGUUGGUUGACGGUGGGUGGCUGGCAGGCUGCUGUAGCGUCCGGAGGUUAUCUGACGGGAACUCUUAUUCAAGGUUUGAUUGUUUUGACGGUGCCGAGUUAUGAACCAAAAUCGUGGCAAGGGGUUUUGCUUUAUUGGGCAGUUAUAUUCAAUGCGGUUUUCAUUAACGCUAUUAUAAGUAGCUUGCUGCCAAAGUUCGAAGGCCUGAUCUUGAUAUUGCAUAUCCUGGGGUUCUUUGCUAUUCUGGUUCCACUGGUUGUACUUGCGCCACACGAUAAUGCUAAGGAUGUCUUUACUGUUUGGUUGAAUGAAGGAGGAUGGUCGUCUCAAGGUAUCUCGUUCUUUGUCGGGUUGAUCGGGAAUGUUUUUGCAUUUGUUGGUGCAGAUGGAGCUUUCCACAUGUCUGAGGAAAUCCGCAACCCCUCUGUGAUCGUACCACGAUCCAUCAUGUUAAGUGUCGUAAUCAACGGAACUCUAGGUUUCUCAAUGAUCAUCGCAGUGCUUUUCUGCGUGGGCAAUCUAGACAAUGCGAUAAACAGCCCCACCAGCUUUCCAUUCAUAGAGAUCUUCUUUCAGGCAACGAACUCUGUUGGUGGUACGGCAGUUAUGGGUUCAAUUAUUGCGGUUAAUCGCAAAACUCUCAUCCCUCUGUGGUCAAUCGCUAUCACCACCAUAAUCUCAUGUCUACUCGCACUGAUUAACUUCGGCUCCGCCACCGCCUUCAACGAUGUCGUCUCUCUAUCGGUUUCUGGCCUCUAUAGUUCCUACUUAAUUUGUGCUGUGCUCCUAUUUUAUCGUCGCCUUACUGGGGGACUCGAAAGAGCAUCAUCAGAAGACUCCAAGGCGCCAACCUUGGUGAAUACCGCAGGAGCUAAGCUCAUAUGGGGCCCAUGGCAUAUCCCAGGUGCAUUUGGCAUCGUGAAUAACGCCGUUGCGAUUAUUUAUCUAACAAUAAUUCUCUUCUUCUGCUUUUGGCCAUCGGUCAUACCCGUGACUCCCGCAAACAUGAAUUAUACUGUUCUUGUCACUGGUACUGUCAUGCUCUUCAGUUAG